AUGGAUGCUACUGUGGAUCUGCGACGCGUCGCCGCGCGGCGAAGGGCGGCCGCCAAGCGACGACGACAGCGUCUCUUAUCGGCCAGUGACAACGGCGCCAUUGUAGAGUAUGAGCCUGCGACGUCUGGCGCUGCCGCCGCACCGUCGCAGCGCAUUUCCCUUCCGCCGCGUCACACCCUUACACGCCCAAAACUCUUUGCGUACUACAGGCUGGUCACCGGAGGCGAGCCAUCCUCGAUGCAGGGCGAUCCCGCAGAGGAGAGCUACAACUACAGCUGGUUCACUCCAGCCGGUAUUGAGCGAGGGAGGAGAAGAGUAAAGGGCCGACGCCGAUUGCAAGACGCCCUAGUUGCGGCUAGAGAUUCACGGUGUGCUCUCGAAGAAGGUGUUAGAGGUGUUUUUGACUCCGGCCACUUGUAUUCCCCCAUUUGCCGCCGGUUUGUGCGCGCUGCCGACGAGAAAGUCAUCGUUGAGGAGCUCAAAGUGAAGGCAAACCAAUGCGUUGGGAAUACCGAGGGCGCGGAGACGACCAUUAUUUUGGUGCAGCCGGUGGCUGGGGAACUUCCCACGGAAGAAGAGGUGCUCCGCGACGAGUUGAUUCGCGUGGCACCUAAAGGACGCGAGUGGGAUCGGCAGCAUGCGCUGCGCCACGGAAUUGGCCCGACAGCUCAAGAGGCCAUCAUUGACGGCUGCGUCGAUCCGAGGUAUCGCCUUCCGGGCGACUACGUGCGUCGGAAUGGACGGGGGGUGGUGGUGGAUGCACAUGGAUGUCCGAUGCCUGUGAAGAGGAAGUUUGCAUCAAGAGACACUGAGGCCGCUUUGCGUCGCAGCGUUGUAUAG